AUGGUCAGCGCCAGGUGCUGGUACUGGCUUGCCGAUUGUUCUGAACAGGCCGUUUUUAUUGCCCUAGCAAUUGAGGAGUACAAGCCCCUGGAUGCCACCACAAACCCGUCCCUGAUCCUAGCUGCUGCUCAGAUGCCAGCUUACCAGGAGCUCGUGGAUGAUGCUGUUGCCUAUGGGAAAAAACUUGGCGGGUCAGAAGAGGAGCAGAUCAAAAAUGCUUCUGACAAACUUUUUGUAUUAUUUGGAGCUGAAAUACUGAAGAGGAUACCUGGCCGUGUGUCCACAGAAGUAGAUGCAAGGUUGUCCUUUGAUAAGGAAGGAAUGAUUCAAAGGGCCAGGCGCCUCAUUGACCUUUAUAAGGAAGCAGGAAUUGGUAAAGAUCGCAUCCUCAUAAAGCUCUCUUCAACAUGGGAAGGAAUCCAGGCUGGCAAGGUUCUGGAGGCAGAGUACGGGAUUCACUGCAACAUGACCUUGCUGUUCUCCUUUGCUCAGGCUGUUGCCUGUGCCGAAGCUGGAGUUACUCUGAUCUCCCCCUUCGUAGGACGUAUCCUGGAUUGGUAUGUUGCAAAUGGAGAUAAGAAAACCUAUGAGCCUUCAGAGGAUCCAGGAGUGAAGAGUGUCACCAAGAUCUAUAACUACUACAAAAAGUUUGGCUACAAAACUAUCGUGAUGGGCGCUUCGUUUCGAAAUACAGGAGAAAUAAAAGCGCUUACAGGCUGUGACUAUCUCACCAUUUCACCCAAGCUCUUGGCAGAGCUCAGCAAAGAGUACGUCAAGUUAACUCCCACGCUCAGUGUAAAAGAGGCUCAGGCAUGUGAGCUUGAGAAGAUCCACCUGGAUGAGAAGGCAUUCCGCUGGCGCCAUAACGAAGACCAAAUGGCUGUGGAGAAAUUAUCCGACGGAAUCAGAAAAUUUGCUGCAGAUGCAAUUAAGCUGGAGAGGAUGUUAAAGGAGCGAAUGUUCAGUGCUGAAAAUGGAAAGUAGAAAAAUCAGAAUUUUCCUGAGUGGUCAAGGCUGAAUGAGUGGAUCACCUGAGGUUAAAUGGAUGUACAAAUGUCUUACCUGUAAAAGUCUUAUGCUAUGUAUGGAUAGAUUUCUGUAUCAUGCUUUUUUAUCAAUUUGCAAAGGGACAAAUAGAAUUUCAAAUUUUUGUGGCACUUUUGUCAAUACAUGCAAAUUAACACA